UCUUCGCACCGUCGCCCGGCCAUGGAGCGGCGGGCCCCCGGCGCGGCGCAGAUGAGCCAGGCGGUGCAGCCGGCGCACGCCAACGCCCGCGGCGAGCUGAGCGCCGGGCAGCUGCUCCAGUGGAUCGACAUCACCGCCUGCCUGGCGGCUGAAAAACAUGCUGGAGUCUCCUGUGUUACGGCCUCUGUGGAUGACAUCCAGUUUGAGGAGACAGCUAGAGUUGGACAAGUUAUAACCAUCAAAGCAAAAAUCACUAGAGCAUUCAGCACAAGCAUGGAGAUCAGCAUCAAGGUCACGGUACAGGACGUGUUCACUGGCAUUGAGAAGCUUGUUAGCGUGGCUUUCUCUACAUUUGUAGCCAAACCAGUUGGAAAAGAAAAGAUUCAUUUAAAACCGGUCACACUUUUAACUGAACAAGAUCAUGUGGAACAUAAUCUGGCUACUGAGAGAAGGAAAAUUCGGUUACAGCAUGAAGAUACUUUUAACAACUUAAUGAAGGAAAGUAGCAAGUUUGAUGAUCCCAUUUGUGAUGAAGAGGAAGAAAUGGUUUCCACAAGGGGCACCGCGGUUCAGAGCAUUGAACUUGUGCUCCCCCCACACGCAAACCAUCACGGAAAUACCUUUGGUGGCCAGAUUAUGGCUUGGAUGGAAACAGUGGCUACUAUUUCUGCAAGCCGCCUGUGUCGGGCGCAUCCCCUUCUGAAGUCUGUGGAUAUGUUCAAGUUCCGGGGACCAUCUACAGUCGGAGACCGUCUUGUCUUCAGUGCCAUUGUCAACAAUACGUUUCAGACCUGUGUCGAAGUUGGAGUGCGAGUGGAGGCCUUUAACUGUCUGGAGUGGGCCGAGGGCCAAGGCCGCCACAUCAACAGUGCUUUUCUCAUUUAUAAUGCCAUUGAUGAUAAAGAAGAACUCAUCACAUUUCAACGAAUCAAGCCCAUUUCGAAGGAUGAUUUUAGACGCUAUCGGGGAGCUAUGGCACGUAAGAGAAUUCGCCUAGGCAGAAAAUAUGUUAUUUCCCACAAAGAAGAAAUUCCGCUUUGCAUACACUGGGAUAGAAGCAAGCAGGCAUCUCUGAGUAAUGGCAAUGUGGAGGCUCUCAAAACGCUGGCGGCCAAAAAGGGCUGGGAGGUUACCAGCGCUGUGGGAAAGACAAAACUAUAUACUCUGGAAGAGCAAGAUGUUCUGUCUGUUUGGGUUGAAAAGCACGUGAGAAGUCCAGCCCAUUUGGCUUAUCAGCUCUUGUCCGACUUUACAAAGCGACCUUUGUGGGACCCCCAUUACAUGUCCUGUGAAGUCAUCGACUGGGUGAGUGAAGAUGAUCAGAUAUAUUACAUCACCUGUCCUAUAGUGAAUGGUGACAAACCCAAAGACUUCGUAGUGCUUGUAUCUCGAAGAAAGCCUCUCAAAGACGAUAACACUCACGUGGUGGCAGUGAAGUCGGUCAUUUUGCCAUCAGUCCCACCGUCUCCCCAGUAUGUCAGGGGUGAAAUUGUAUGUGCUGGAUUUCUCAUCCAUGCCGUUGACAGCAGUUCGUGCACUGUAUCUUACUUUAACCGCGUUUCUGCUGGCAUCCUUCCAUACUUUGCUGGAAAUCUUGGUGGCUGGUCAAAAUCCAUCGAAGAAACAGCAGCCUCUUGUGUACAGUACAUAGAGAAUACUAUUAAUGAUAGGUUUACAAGCACAUUUUAAAUGGUCAACUUCCAAUUACCUUUUAAUUCCAAGCACCCUUAGCCCUGACACUUAAGACCUUUAAAAUUCUAUUUUAGAUCAUCUGAGGCUCUCCCUCUUCCAGGGGCACAGAAAAUUGAAAAUUGCCUGUAUAUGCAAUAUUGCUUGUUCCAUAAAAUGGCACAAAUUUAGUUAAGAUUGUCAUAAACAGUUUUAGGUUUCAGAGGUGAAAUGGGUGUUCUGCUUGAAAUUUUAAUAAAUUUUAUAAAGUUUGAAAUGUCAA